GGCGCCGGAGCAGGCGACGUCGGCUGGGCGCGUGGCAUGAACCUGGAGGGCGAGCGCGGCAUCCACAGCACCAGCGAGGGCGGCGGCGGCGGGAUGAGCUCGGUGAGCUGCGGCAACGGGAAACUCCGCCAGUGGCUGAUCGAGCAGAUUGACAGCGGCAAGUACCCGGGCCUGGUGUGGGAGAACGACGAGAAGAGCAUCUUCCGCAUCCCCUGGAAGCACGCGGGCAAGCAGGACUACAAUCGAGAGGAGGACGCCGCUCUUUUCAAGGCUUGGGCUCUAUUUAAAGGAAAGUUCAGAGAAGGCAUUGAUAAGCCAGAUCCCCCCACCUGGAAAACAAGACUGCGGUGUGCUUUGAACAAGAGCAAUGACUUUGAAGAACUCGUUGAAAGAAGCCAGCUGGAUAUAUCAGACCCCUAUAAAGUGUACAGAAUAGUACCAGAAGGGGCAAAGAAAGGAGCAAAACAGCUUAGCAUGGAAGAUCCCCAAAUGAUUAUGAAUAAUGCUUACACCAUGAACUCAUCUUACUCUGCACUACCACCUCAGGUGCCAAGCUACAUGGUAUCUCAUGACCGUAAUUGGAGAGACUAUAUGCCGGAGCAGUCACACCCCGAUAUCUCCUACCAGUGUGCAAGUGUUCCUUUUGCAGCUCGCAACCACCAUUGGCAAAGCCCAGCAUGUCAGAACGCAGGUUGUCAGGUAACUGGAACCUUUUACGCUUGCGCGCCACCCGAAGCACAGACUCCUGGGAUCCCAAUAGAGCCGAGCAUAAGGUCUGGUGAAGCUCUUCCGUUGUCAGAUUGUCGAUUGCACAUCUGUCUGUAUUACCAUGAAACUCUUGUGAAAGAAGUCACUACUUCAAGUCCUGAGGGGUGCAGAAUAUCUCAUGGCCAAAGUUACGAGGUCAGCGGGCUGGACCAAGUUCUUUUCCCUUAUCCGGAAGAUCACAACCAGAGGAAAAUAACCGAAAAGUCCUUAAGCCACCUGGAAAGGGGAGUAAUACUCUGGAUGACACCUGAUGGACUCUAUGCUAAGAGACUUUGCCAAAGCAGGAUCUAUUGGGAUGGGCCUCUGGCGUUUUGCAACGACAGGCCUAACAAAUUGGAAAGGGAGCAGACAUGCAAACUUUUUGAUACUCAGCAGUUUUUAUCAGAACUACAAGUAUUUGCCCACCAUGGCCGGCCGUUGCCUAGAUUCCAGAUUGUGUUGUGUUUCGGUGAAGAGUUUCCAGAUCCACAAAGGCAAAGGAAACAAAUUACAGCCCAUGUUGAGCCAAUGUUUGCAAGGCAGCUAUACUACUUUGCACAGCAAAACACCGGACCUUUUCUAAGAGGCUAUGAUAUACCAGAACAAAUCACCAGUUCAGAAGACUACCAUCGAGCUCUCCACCACUCCUCUGUUCCAGAAUAAGCAUGUGAAAAUCGGUGCCUUGAAGCAUCAUGUUGGAUGUUAAGCAUAAUGCAAGAAUCGUUGGUUCACAGCUGCAUGUUAUAAGUAAAUGCUUGGAUUUCCCCUGGGAAAUGAACAACAACAACAACAACAACAACAACAACAACGUUCAAAGAAUGGUUGUGGUCAAGCCUAAAAAUAUAUUACAAUGGACACAUGGUCUCCUCCCUCCUUUUUUUGGAUUGCUGUAGCUCAGAUUCUAACACUGGGGUUAGCGGUGGAAACUGACAAAAUACUUCCUAUGUUUACAUGUUCUAAAGGGAGCCAGUGUCUUAUACAUGACUUGAACUUAUUUCAGACUCUUAAUUAUUUAUUUGAUUAGAAAUCUCAGGGCAAGAAUUACUAGACCGAAGCAUCAGUUUACUUAAGAUAUAAGGAGGUACUCAAAAGCACAUUAUUCAAUGAAAUGUAAUUAUUCUGUAAUUUUUAUAAGUAUACUAUUUCGAAAACAUCUAUAUAGUCUUUAAAGAAAGUUGCAGUGUACA